AUGAGAGAUUUUGCUUCUUGUUUUAGUGAAAAUGCAAUACAAACUACUUCUUGUUCUAAUUAUUCAAACACUUCUUGUUUUCCUCAAAAUUCUUCAACUACUCCUUCAACACAAAACAAUGUUACAUGUUUGUACAAUGUUAUUUUAUCCAAUAAAAAACACUUGUUGAUCAUAGUUUCAUGGUCCAAAACAAAUGUGUCACAAACUUUGUACAUACAAUUUGGUGAUAAUCCUUCAAAUUCCUUCAAAAUUAGCGCGAUUUCGAAGAAAAAAAAGGGGAAGAAAUCAAUUGAAUUUGAUUAUGAUUAUGAUGAUCAUAAAAAAGUUGAAGUUUUUUGGGAUUUAUGUGAUGCUAGGUACAACAACAUGUUUGGUCCAGAACCAAUUGAUAAGUACUAUGUUGUUGUUACAUUUGAUUCUGAAAUUGUACUAAGUCUUGGUGACAUUGAAGAAAAAAAAUUCAAGAAUUAUUGCAAUUCAAUGGCAAAAUUUAGUUUAGUGUCAAGACAAGAACAUUUUUCAGGCAACACAAUUUAUUCAACAAAGGCACAAUUUUGUGAGAAUGGGUCAAAACAUGAUAUUUUGAUAAGUUGUAGGGGUGAAAAUGAAGGAAAAAAUAUUCAUCAACAAUAUAAUUAUCCUGUUUUAUCAAUUUGUAUUGAUAAGAAGAUGGUGAUUAAAGUAAAGAGGUUACAAUGGAAUUUUAGGGGAAAUCAAAGUAUUUUCUUGGAUGGUUUGUUUGUGGAUCUUAUGUGGGAUGUUCAUGAUUGGUUCUUUAAUUCAACAAACUCUGGUUGUGCUGUUUUUAUGUUUAGGACAAGAAGUGGAUUGGAGAGUAGUAGAUUGUGGUUAGAAGAUAAAGACAAGUUGACGCACAAGAAUCAAGAUAAAGUUGAGUUCUCAUUCAUGAUCUAUGCAUGUAAGACCACAUGAUUUCUUCUGGUU